UUUCAGACCAAAUAAAUUAGUAAGUUAAAAAAAUAGGUUUCAAAAUAAGAUUUCAUUUAGCGGAAAACAUAUCCACUGGAUGAGAAAUGAAUUCCAAAUCACAUGUGAAUAAGCUUUUUCACGCGAUAAACCAUAAAAAAAAAAACAUAAUGGCGACGACAGACGAAAACAGCAUUAUUCAUAAUACAUAAAGCCACUGGCGCAUAUCCGCCUGUACUUUGAAGCGGCGUGCGGAAUUUAACUGUAGUUGGCGAUUUAAGUUUGCCAAACAAAUGUACUCAUUAUUUUAAAUGAAGCGCCAUUCUCAGUGUUUGGAUUCAACAUGUUCGUAUAACACGCAACUUUUCAUAAACCAUGCAGAUGAAUGUCCGAAAGAAACAAAUGAUCAUCCUCCUUCUCUUCGUUAUGGAAGCCCAUUUCCGCCAUGAAAAAAAAGACCAACAGGAAGUCAUAAUUUCAACGUUCAAAGUCAUAAUUUCGAUUUUUCCAAAAAAACAGACAUGCUGUCUUGUGUCAGAUUUACACAGUAUUCCAUUUGAUCUGUCUAACCAGGAAAACAGAUUUUUCUUCUAUUAAUGGAUUAUAAACAAAUUGAGGAGUAUUUCAGAUGUGGUUUAACCAAUGAUGAAAUUCUUGCUUUGCUGGCUGAGGUUCAUGGGGUUAUUCUUAGCAAGAGGACACUAGAAAGGAUUCUUAAUAAGAAGAAACUUUGGCGCCGAAAGAACAAAACUGAUGUGAGUGUAGUGGCAGCUUUCAUUCGUCAGCAACUUGAAACCUCUGGACAAUGUCACGGAUAUCGAUGGAUGCGCCAAAAAUGCUGGAUGAAUGGUAUUGUUACAGACAGGGAAACAGUUCAAGUCCUUUUACGCUUACUAGAUGGUGAAGGAGUAGACCUAAGGUCAAGAAAUCGACUGAGGAGACGGAUUUACUAUAGUCGUGGUCCAAACUAUGUUUGGCAUAUGGACGGCUACGAUAAGCUCAAACCAUUUGGAAUUGGGAUCAAUGGUUGCAUUGACGGUUUUUCCAGAAGGCUAAUAUGGCUUGAGGCAUACAAAACAAAUAACGAUCCGAGAGUCAUUGCUGGAUACUUCAUGGAUGCAGUGAUUAAAGCUGAGGGUUGUCCUGAAAGACUUAGAGUGGAUUUAGGGACAGAAAAUGUUAAUGCAGCUGACAUGCAAAGAUAUUUGCAUCUUACAGAAGAUCAACCUCAAAGUGAUAAUGUAAUAUUUGGUCCAAGCACUGGAAAUCAGCGGAUUGAAAGAUGGUGGUUGACCCUGCGAAGUGAAUGUAUCCAGUUCUGGAUGGACCUCUUUGACAAACUGAAAGCAGAUGGACACUUCUCGGAUAACUCCUUGGACAAAGCCUUGAUCCAGUUCUGUUUUCUCCACAUAAUACAGAAAGAACUAAAUGAAGUUGUUUCAGCUUGGAACCACCACAGGAUACAUCCAACACACAAUUCACAAAGUCCUCAUGGGCGACCAUUCAUGAUGUACACAGUACCUGAAGUGUAUGGAACCAGAGACUAUCUACACAGCAUUGAUCUGAACAGGGUUGAAGCCUGCUAGGAAAACUGUGUUUUCAAAAACUUUCCAUGCGAUGAAGAUGUCUUCAGUAUCUGUGUGGACCUGAUUUCAGAGCAUAACCUGAAUGUCACAGAUGAUGUGUUUGCAACAACUGAUCUAUACAGCUGAUUACCAGAGAUUUGGAGCUGCAUUGAUAAAUGUAAAAACAUUUUGUUGCGUUGACAGUUUGCUACCUCGUCCCUAAUUUGGACUUCAGUAGAUAUUUGAUGACAUUCUGAGAGUGGCAGCAUUUGCUUCAACACAUUGUUGCACCAGUAUAAAGAUGGGUCAAAGCCAUUCACAAGCUCUGUAACUAAGCAAAAAGAGACACUAAAAUAAGAUAAAUCAUGCUGAGCUGAUAAAAUAAGUCUGACAUUAGAAAAACAUAUUGAUGCAUUGGACAGAUGAUUUUUGGUUUUGAUAUUUUCCCUUUAUUAUCAAUAUCAUUGCAUUGCAGUUUGAACAUUAUGCUGAUUACUAAACAGGAAAUAAAGGAAUUGAGAACUGCUGUAGAAACCUCAUUAUUUUUCAGGUGUGCAACACAAUGCUGAUUUAAAGCUUCCCCCACCCCAAAUAAAUCACACAUAUAAACUGGAAAAAGCGCUUUAUUGAACUUCAAAAUUAAAGUCUCUAUUUAGCUAUUAGAGAAGCCUUUGAGUGUUUUAAAAUAAUUAUUUAAGAUAAUGACAAUGCUUCAAGGUGUAAAAAAAAAGAAAGAAAAAAGUGUUCUUUUUCAGUUGUUUUCUGGUUAAAUCUGAUAUUGAGCUAUUGCAAUGGCACCAAUCUGUUAUUGAAAAUAUUUAAGGUUAUGUUUACUUAAAACAAAAAUAUAAAUAAAAUGCUGAGUAAACAAAAGAACAUUUUUGAGGAACAAGGGUAAAUGAAACACUUUACUCCAUUUCUUCCAGAACUGCAUUCAAACAGAGUAGCAACAUGUUCAUCCACUGAACAUUUAAAUUAUGUGACUGAUAUAAGAAACAAAACAUCAGAAAUUAUUCAGAAAUUAUUUAUGCAACUAAGAGCUGCUUGUUUACAAGCGCGGCGGCCAUAUUGCAUUUUUAAUUGUGGAACAAACCAACUUUUGCAGCCUCAAGUAAAAUUAAAAGUAAAAAAAAAUUCUAGUAACAAUAUAAAAUAUUUAAAUGUGAUAAACCCAAAAUAUUGAGAAAAUACAUUUUACUGCCAACUCAAAUUUAUGCUUUAAACUUCAACUUUGGAGUACUUUAACAGAAAACCCCCCCAAAAACACUAGUAGUGGAGGGCCUACUGUGACAUUGCAGGUCUUAUAAAUACUCCAGAGAAAAAUAAAUUGCAAAAAGUAGAAACUCUGUGGAGUUAAGAUGAGCUAAAACAUCUUGUUAAGAUAAUGCUAAA